CGAACUCCAAUAGAAAUCUCAUUGGGUCACACACUAGCAUGCUGCGAAGCACGAGUAACAGAGCUCUUUGGAACAUUUUCCAAUCUAAUUGCACUGUCUGCAAAUGUCUUGCACCAUAGCUUUCACAUCACCUUCACUCUUGCACUCUUCUUCUUCUUCCUCCUUGUCCUCUGAACUCUACACCAUUUUCCACCUGAGUUGCUUUUUCAAGCCUGAGAUUUCAAGACGCUUCCAUGUAAGUCUCUCGAGCACAACUCUACGCAAAUCUACUAGAAGAUCCCUUAUGACACAAAAUUUAUCACACAGUAGUACUAGCACUACCGCAAUAGAUAAUAGAUGGACCCUUCACACGAAAGCAGCUCUUGUUACUGGUGGUACUCGCGGAAUCGGGCGUGCGAUUGUGGAGGAAUUGGUGGGCCUUGGAGCCAGAGUGCACACAUGUUGUAGGAAUGAGAUUGAGCUUAACAAUUGCUUGGAAGAAUGGCAUGGACUAGGUUUUGGGAUUAGUGGCUCACGGUGUGAUGUUUCAGUCGCAGCCCAAAGAGAAGAGCUUAUGGAGACUGUGUCUUCUGUGUUUGAUGGCAAGCUGAACAUCCUUGUUAAUAAUGUUGGAACAAAUAUUCGAAAGCCAAUGGUGGAGUUCACACCUAAAGAAUUUUCUACUCUCAUGGCAACCAAUUUUGAGUCUGCUUUCCAUCUAAGCCAACUUGCUUAUCCACUCUUGAAAUCUUCGGGUGAGGGAAGUGUUGUAUUCACGUCCUCUGUCUCUGGUUUUGUCUCACUGAAAUCUAUGUCUGUUCAUGGAGCAACUAAAGGAGCAAUCAACCAACUAACAAAAAAUUUGGCUUGUGAGUGGGCAAAAGACAACAUAAGAAGUAAUGCUGUUGCACCUUGGUACAUCAAAACCUCUAUGGUGGAACAAAUCCUCAGCAAUGAGGCAUAUUUAGAAGAGGUAUAUUCUAGAACUCCUCUUCGGCGCCUUGGGGAUGCAACAGAGGUUUCAUCUGUGGUGGCAUUCCUUUGUUUACCUGCAUCAUCUUACAUCACUGGCCAGAUUAUUUGUGUUGAUGGAGGAAUGUCUGUGAAUGGUUUCUUCCCAAGUCAUGGUUAGAAGUGAUUACUUUAUUGAUUACCACCCUUCCCAUGAGAGAUGAGCUUUGUGAUUGGGUAAAUAUUAGCUUCUGAGUUCCUGUUGAGAACCCUGAGAGCCAAAGGAGAUCUUACCAGUGACCUGCUAUGGCAAUCCUUCUCAUUUUAAUAACUACUUGGCUAUAGUUUUUCCUUUGCCUUUACUGGGUCUUUCUCACUUGUAUCAGUUCCUCUAUCUCUUUCAUGUGCAAGCCUUACAUUCAUGUGAAGCCUGAUUUUACUUUCAUUCCAUGGGGUUUUCCUGUUGUAUGAUUGACAAAUUUGCAUUGUGAGCAAUGUUUCUAAUGAGGAAAGUAAGUUAAUUGGAUUUUGGUAGUAUUAACUUUAUUAAUAUGAACUCUCUCUCUCUCUUUCUCUUCCCUUGUCA